AUGACUCAAUCAUCAGGAAGAAUGUCUAUGCAACGAUGUUUUAUUUAUUUUUUAUCAAUAGGAGGAAGUUGUCUGUUCAUCAUCUUCAUUCUAUUUCGUUUCACUUCCCCGAUAGUUUCAUUUCCUAUACCGAUCAGUGUUGGUUACCGUCGGCGACCUGAGUGUUUAUGUUUACGACCUGAAUUAACACCGAAUUUCACGAAAAACGCCUCUCCAUCGUAUCUAUGCAGCACGUAUGCCACUCAACGAGGAGCAAAUCAACGUAUUAUUUCUAUUAGCCUUUUUGGACCAAAGGAGAAUCGAAUGUUUCAACUGAACAAAUCAUUGACGUUUCUGAACGAAUUGAUUAAUGAUAUGAACGUGAUUUAUUCCGAUGGGUUUGUGUUACGCGUUCAUCAUGAUGAUACAAUCGGUUUUCAAGAUGUCAUUUGCCCGUUGGAAUGUCAACAUCCAAACGUGGACUUUUGCAGUAUGAGUUCGAAGUUGUAUAUUCCACCGAAAAUCUGGCGAUUUAUUCCUGCCGGUGAUCCACUUGUAGAUAUCAUGAUGAGCCGUGAUUUGGAUUCAGCGUUAACACCACGAGAACGGUCAUCUGUUGAUGCGUGGCUCGCGUCAAAGAAAUCUUUUCAUGCUAUGCGUGAUCAUCCUAUGCACGGUGUGCCUAUGCUCGGUGGUAUGUGGGGCUUUCGGCCGGCAUCCAAUCCAGAACUUCGACAUAUGAUUCAUAAAAAAGUUCAUCAAGAAGAUUUAGUUCGACGAUAUGGUGGCCGGGGUGAUCAAACGUUUCUCGCUCAACAAGUUUGGCCACAUGCAAAAUCAGAUAUUCUCGUACAUGAUAGUUUUCUUUGUAAACACAACUACGGCCAGACACCAUCUCCGUUUCCUACACAACGACGAUCAGCUAAUGAAACGAAUUGUUUUGUCGGUUGCGUACGACCCUGUUGUGGUCGUGGUAAAAUGCCAUUUGGCGAGUGUCCAAUCGAAUGUCGGCCGAAAGAUCAUCCCGAAUGGAAUUAUUGUUGA